AUGGGUCUCUCUGAGAUUCGGACUGCUAUCAAAGUAGACCUGAAGAAGCCAGCAGAUCAGCAAGCAGGCCUACACAACAGAUGGCACCCUGACGUUCCUUUCGCGGCCAAGAUACAAAGUGGUGAAGUCGUCAAGAUCGAAUGCGUCGAUUGGACAGGAGGCCAGAUCAAGAAUGAUGAUAGCGCGGACGACGUGAAGAACGUUGAUCUGACCAAAGUGCAUUACCUCACCGGCCCGUUCGAGAUUGAAGGCGCAGAGCCAGGCGACGUUUUGAUAGUCGAGAUUCAAGACGUGCAGCCCUUCCAAGAUCAACCCUGGGGCUUUACUGGCGUCUUUGAUAAGGACAACGGCGGAGGGUUUUUAGAUGAGCUCUACCCGAACGCUGCGAAGGCCAUAUGGGACUUCGAAGGGAUAUACUGUCAAUCUCGACACAUUCCCGGCGUGCGCUUUCCGGGGCUAAUUCACCCGGGCAUCCUCGGCUGUGCCCCUUCCCCUGAGAUACUCAAGACUUGGAACGACCGCGAGGCGAAUUUGAUCAAUACCACCGAAUUAAAGCGCAUCGUUGCACAACCUCCACAACCACAGAAUGUCCACGCUGGCUCCGCCACAGGUGAGCUGAAAGAUAAGGUUGGCCAGGAAGGGGCACGCACGAUUCCUGGCAGACCAGAACACGGUGGGAAUUGCGACAUUAAGAACUUGUCUCGCGGCUCAAAGACGUACCUUCCUGUCCACGUGCCAGGGGCUAAAUUCAGUGUGGGAGAUCUGCAUUUUAGUCAAGGGGACGGUGAGAUAAGUUUCUGCGGGGCGAUUGAGAUGGCUGGAGUGAUUACUGUCAAGCUCACGCUUAUGAAGAAUGGGAUGCGGGAUCUAGAAAUGAAGAGUCCAAUCUUCAUUCCUGGUCCAGUCGAGCCAAAUUUUGGGCCAGGUAGGUAUAUUACAUUUGAGGGAUUCAGCGUGGAUGAGAAUGGGAAGCAGCAUUAUUUGGAUGCUACAGUGGCAUACAGACAGGCGACACUAAGAUGUAUGGAGUAUUUGAAGCGAUUCGGGUACAGCGAUUAUCAGGUAUAUCUGAUGUUGAGCUGCGCGCCGAUUCAGGGCCAUGUUGGAGGGCUGGUUGAUAUCCCAAAUGCGUGCAUGACCUUAGGGCUGCCAAUGGAUAUCUUUGAUGUCGACAUUUCACCGCUAGGGCCAGCGAAGAAGACAGAUAGGGGCGCUUGUGCAGUUGCGAGCAAGUGA